AUGUCCCUAGACAAAGCUAUCACUGUUGCUGAAGAAGCAAUUAAUUUUGAUAACCUUGAAGAUGACUAUAACGCUAUAUCAAAAUAUAAAGAAGCUGUUGAAUAUUUAAAACUUGCUCAUUCUGAUCCUUCAAAUGCUGAAAGUUAUUCGGUGAUAUUAAAUAAAGUAAUGGAAUACAAUGAACGUAUUGAAUAUUUGGCUGAGCUUCAUCCUGGAGAUACUAAAUUCGAAGAAUUACUAAAAGCACCAUUCGUACUUGACCAACCCCUUUCUAACAAUACUCCUACUCAAGCCCCAGUGUUAGAAGAACCUAAACCAAUUGUUACACAACCAGUUGAACAACCUAAACCAAUUGAACAACCUAAACCACAAAAUGUUGAACAGCCUAAACCGAUUGUUACACAGCCAAUUGAACAACCUAAACCACAAAGUGUUGAACCAAUACUAAGCCAACAACAAGAAAAACCACAAGAAAUUAUUAAACCAUUAUUCCCUGAACCAUCUCAACCUAUUGAAGAAAAGAAAGAUAACACUGUUAUUGAACAAGGAGAAGAACAACAAAACAAGUCAAAAGUAUUAGUUGGAGCAGUUAAAGUAAUGCCUACAACUGAUAUUUCUCAACAACCUACAAAUAUUAAAGUGAACCAACCUGAAGAAAAACAAGUCCAACCAACAUUUAAUAUUGUACAAUCAACACCUAUGCCAACAACUGGGGUGGUGCCAGUAAUGAUGCCAAUGACACAACCGGUCAUAAAUCCUAUGAUGACGUCAGUGAAUGGUUAUUUACCUGUCAUAACUCCACAAGGACCAAUGUUAAUGCCAACGACUCAACCAUCAUCACUCCAACAACCAGUAUUUCCACAUUUUGGAACAGAACCAAGCUCUUCUUUAAUAGGAGGACCAAUUAUACCAAUCACGUCUGCACCAAUUCAAAGUGUACAAGAACAAAAACCUAAAAUACCAAAACAGUCAACUACAGCAUUAAGAACUGCAUUCAUUAGAUCAAAAUUAAGUCUUGAACAUCCAUCAACAUUAAACGGAUUAAAAGCAUGGAAAUUAGCCAAACCAUUAGCAGAAAAAGGAAAAGAAUUUGAUAGCCAAACCAAAUAUGCAGAUGCACUUGCAUAUUAUGAAACUGCAUUAGACUAUUUUGCACAAGCACUAAGAGCACCUGAACUUACUGACACUAUGAAGAAACAAUUAAAAGAAGAAGUAAAAGCAUAUCUUACGAGAGCCGAACAGAUUAAACCAGUUGUAGUUGAAUUUCUUAAACAAAAUCCAACAUAUUUUGGAGAAGUAGAUAAUGAAGAUAGUCAACGAUUAGAAACAUGUAUUGUAUGUAAUAAAAGAAUUGAAGGAGAGUUUGUUAGUGCACUUGGAUAUAAUUAUCAUCCACAAUGUUUUGUUGCAAAUGUCAAUUGUAAAUUAUGUGGAAAACCAUUCUCUUUCCCCAAAAUGGAAUUUAAGAUUUAUAAUGAUCAAGCCUACCAUCCAUUAUGUUUUGAAGGUGUAACUGGUCUUGAAAAAGAAAUAACUUAUACACCAACAUUCCAACAUGGUACCAUUUUUUAUAAAGUCAAGUUACCAAAGAAAAUAUUUAAUGUAAAUGACUCAUUUAUGUAUGAUAUUACUAUUGAUAAUUCAACUAAUUGUUGUAUUAAUUAUAUUGAAACAGGACUAUUAUGUGAAGAGACUCGAUUUUCUCGUGGAUUCUCAGGUGAAAUGAAAGGAGAAACAACAAAAACAGAAAUGGCUAAAAAGAAAAUAAUGUUUGAAGGUAAAGUGAUGAGGAAUGGGGUUAUUACUAAAAGUGAAAUGUUUUCAAUAGGAAUGGUUCGUCCAUCUCAUCACAAUGAUAUUAUGUUUUAUCGUGGUUAUAAAUUUGUUGUAAGUCUAAAAGUAUCUGGAGUUGCUUUGGGACCAAAAGAAAUAGUCUUUCCAAUAUAUAUUAAUGAAUAA